CUCGUUGCUUACCUGUCCAUCACGAGAUGCCUGUACGUGGCCAUUCCGGUUAAAGCCAGGUCGACGUUAUCCCCGAGAUUUACACUGGUUAUGGUGGUUUCUAUUUCGGCUUUCGUUUUCGCUGUAUGCACGGUCACAUUUUUUUCUGACGUUGUCAAGCCAGAAUGUGGCUCGGAAUUUAACCUGACACUCCCUCGGUAUGAACGCAGCGAGUUUUGUUUAUCGCACAGUGAAGUUAUCAACGAAUAUUACCUCUCCCUAUGUGUGACAAUUCCGUCAGUCACGGUCUGCGUUGUAAGCACCAGUUCAAUUUUGACUGUGUAUUUUGUAAAACGGUCCGCCAACUCUGCCGUUACACCGGACCGGCGUAAGGCGAACUCUCCACCUAAACUGUCUCAGAGAGAAAAGGGCGUGACCAAGUUCCUUUUGGUGACGUUUAUCUUCCUCAGCUUCUAUCUGCUGCCACCGAUCCUCUUCUGCGCUGCGCAGCUCGCGGAGCCAGAGUUGGCUUUCUUAGGAACUUACAACGACAUGUACUUGCUGACA